AUGGGGCCACCGAUCGACGACAGCGUCUUGAGUCGAUUUGUGCAACUAGCAGAUUUCUGGGGCGAUAUCACCAAGUACAGUUUCGCGGGCGGCCGCCAUACGGAAUCCCUUCCGCCGUGGGACCAAGAGUCGACUUUCUAUCAACUAAACAAAAAGGUUGAUGCCUUUUACGCUCACCUUCCGGAAGAAUUUACCUGGUCCAGCUCGAACUUUUGGAAACACGACAACAGUAUGUACGUAUCACUUCACAUGCUGGGCGCCCUUUGCAAAAUCAUGCUACAUCGCGAAUACAUCCCGUUCAUCGCCAUCAAAUGCUCCGAGCCGGUUGGUCCUCUGGAUGAGCCCGUAUUUGAUCCCGAAACUGUUCCCGACCACUUUUGGGAGCGCAGCGCAGAGCAGGUUUUUAAGGCUGGAAGGGAAAUCAUCGACCUCAUCUCAACAUGCCGAGACAAACUUCCUCAUUCGUCACUGGUCAUAUUCGCGAUUUGGCAAGCAGCGUUUGUUGGAAUAUACGCACGGCACUAUCCUCACAUGGAUACUCAAAAUCACAUGGUCAGCAAACAGGAGAUCGAAGAACGGAACUCGGGAGCCAUCUCUGAGAACACGCAGACGGGGAAUACCAGUAUCGCUUUCCAAGCAUUGACCAAAGUUGCACCUUACUUCAGCAUGGCCUCCAAUUACGUCACGUAUUUCAAGGACAUUGAUCAGUAUCUCACCAAGGUCUUCUCCGACUACACGAGUCGAGGUUCGAGGAAGAGCGGGGAUGGUUCUCUGACCAUUCGACUGGGCGGAGGUGGCGGCGGACUGGAAGAGUGGAGGGUAAAGGCCGAUAAGAUUACGAGCAACGGCAUCAUUUUGGACGACGACCGGCCAACAGCCUACGAUGGCUCCGACGGAUCGCGGGCUAGCACGUUAGAAAGGAGCUCUUCCUUGGGCCCUGAGUAUUCCCAUCUCAGCGGCAGUGGUUCGGAUAGCCGAAGGGAUUCUCGCCAGGCGUCGUCAUUUACCGCCAUCAACGCCGCCGCAUUCCACCAGCAGUCCGGCCACGAAGGCUAUGCCGGAGGCUUUCCACAUCACUCACCAACCCAGGGCUUCCCGCCAACUCCCGGCUCCCUGCCAAACGAGGCUGCGAUGGCUGGCCUCAAUGCCGAGACAAACCAGGGUCAGCGAUUCGGCACCAUGCUUGAGGACAUUCAAGAAUUCACGACGGGCGGGAUGGUCUGCGCGCCCAACAUUGGUGACUGGGACAUGCUCAAGCCCCCCUUCUACACGCAGAUGGCCGGGGGCAACCCGUUGACCCAGUUCAGCGGGAGUUAUUCUUGA